AGAGUUGUUUUGCAUGGAAAAUUGUAAAAUUCAAAGCAAAUUAAAGGCGUGCAUUUAGAGUGAAAUAUUUUCAUUUCGUAAAAGAUGGCAGACAGUGAUACCGAUAGCAGCUCAUCUAGCAGUGAGAGUGAAAGUGUAACUUCAAGUUCGUCAAGUUCAUCGUCUUCUGCUGAUUCAGCUCCAAGUCCAAAAGAAUCAUCUGCUAAAAAAGAUGUUACUAUUACAGAGAAUGGAAAGGAUUAUAAAUCUUCAUCAGUUCCCUUGUUAGAAGAAAAAAAAUCUUUAACACCAAGCGAAGAUUGCUUGCCUGAGGAAGUCAGUGUAAAGAGUUGCGAAAAUCGAGAGGAAAAUGAUGAAGUAAGGUUAACUAACACAGUAAGUCCUGACAGAAAUAAAGUGUUAAGCGAUUCCACUGUUGCGGCUGAAUGUGAUUCAAAGGAGAAUAAAGCCCCUGGAGAACUUGAAGAAGGUGAAAUAACUCAUAACGAAGCAAAUACCCAAGUAGUUGACGAUAAGGAUAGAGAAUCAGAAGCAUUUAAUUGGCCGAAUGGAAAUAUCGAACCAACCGCUACUGGUGAUAAUUCUGUGGAAAACACUAUCGAUUUGAACGAAAGCAAGGACCAACAUUCCGAAAAAAAAUCGGAAUCCACUUCCGCUAAAAAAUCUGACGAGAAUAAUAAAAUACAGGAAACAAAAGAAACCCGUAGUGCAAACAAAUCACGUCGACGCUCUAGAUCUCGUUCUCGAGAGCCAAUAAAAUCAUCUCGACGCAACCGUUCCCGCAACCGCUCUAUUUCCAGACAACGUUCACGAUCUCGUUCCCGUAAACGUUCCCGUCGGUCAGUAUCCCUAGAAAGACGACAAGAGGAACGUAAAAGACGUCAUGCCGAACGUGAGCGCUGCGAAAAUGAAGAUCGGAAGGAAAAAAGAAGAGAGAGAGGAAAAAGUCUUAGUGCUGAAAAUUCGCCCAAACGUAAUAAAUUGUCUCCAACUCGUAAAGAAAAAGAAGAUAAUAAAAAUGAUGAUAAUGACAAUGCUACGGUUACCGAUCCAAAGGCAAAGAUUACUGAUCGCCAGCGACGAACUGUGGAUCUGUUAACAUCACGUACUGGCGGUGCUUACAUUCCACCAGCUAAGUUACGUAUGAUGCAAGCCGAAAUAACCGAUAAAGCUUCAGCUGCAUAUCAGCGUAUAGCAUGGGAAGCACUAAAAAAAUCCAUUCAUGGUUAUAUCAACAAAGUGAAUGUAGACAACAUAGCGAUUAUAACGCGUGAGCUCCUGAAGGAAAAUAUUGUACGCGGUCGGGGUCUACUUUGUCGUUCUAUAAUACAAGCCCAAGCAGCAUCGCCAACAUUCACACACGUCUAUGCAGCUUUGGUCUCUAUAAUCAAUUCCAAAUUUCCUAAUAUUGGUGAAUUGUUACUUAAGCGCUUGGUGAUACAAUUCAAACGCGCCUUUCGUCGAAAUGAUAAAGCGGUUUGUUUAUCUUCGUCACGUUUCGUUGCCCAUUUGGUAAAUCAGCGUGUGGCACAUGAAAUUCUCGCAUUGGAGAUACUAACGUUGUUAGUAGAAACACCUACCGACGACUCAGUGGAGGUGGCUAUUGCCUUUCUAAAAGAAUGCGGCAUGAAGUUGACUGAGGUGUCAUCAAAAGGAAUAGGAGCCAUUUUUGAAAUGCUUAAAAAUAUACUGCACGAGGGUAAAUUGGAUAAACGCGUACAGUAUAUGAUUGAAGUGGUAUUUCAGGUACGAAAAGACGGUUUUAAAGAUCAUCAGUCAAUUAUUGAGUCCCUAGAGCUGGUGGAAGAAGAUGAUCAAUUUACACAUUUGCUAAUGUUGGAUGAGGCCACAAAUCCUGAAGAUGUUUUAAAUGCUUUCAAAUUCGAUGAUCAGUAUGAAAAUAAUGAAGAAAAAUAUAAAGGUCUUUGUAAAGAGAUAUUGGGAAGUGAUGCUAGUGGUAGUGGGAGUGGUUCGGGCUCUAGCAGCGAUUCUGAAAGUGGCUCUGGUGAUUCGGAUUCAGAAAAUGAAGGAGAAGACGGUGGCCAAAAAACGGCUGGGGACAUCAUCGACAACACCGAAACUAAUCUAAUUGCUUUACGGCGUACAAUAUAUCUAACAAUAAACUCGAGUUUGGAUUAUGAGGAAUGCGCUCAUAAGUUGAUGAAGAUGCAGUUGAAACCAGGUCAAGAGAUCGAGCUCUGUCACAUGUUCCUUGAUUGUUGUGCAGAACAGCGCACGUACGAAAAAUUUUAUGGACUACUAGCGCAACGAUUUUGUGCCAUUAACAAAAUCUAUAUUGAACCAUUUGAAGAGAUAUUCAAAGAUACAUACCAAACAACUCAUCGUUUAGAUACAAAUCGCUUACGAAAUGUAAGUAAAUUUUUUGCACAUUUACUAUUUACGGAUGCCAUCGGCUGGGAUGUGCUGGAGUGUAUUAAACUAAAUGAAGAUGACACGACCUCCUCAAGCCGGAUUUUUAUAAAAAUUCUCUUUCAAGAAUUAGCCGAAUAUAUGGGACUGGGGAAAUUGAAUACUAAACUGAAAGACGAAGUUUUAACGGAAAGUUUGGCUGGUCUAUUUCCUAAGGAUAAUCCUAGGAAUACGCGCUUCGCUAUCAAUUUUUUCACAUCGAUUGGCUUGGGAGGUUUAACUGAUGAAUUAAGACAAUUUUUGAAAAACGCACCGAAAUCAGUGCCAGCUAUCAAUGUUGAAAUAUUGGCAGUUAAGCCAGAAGAAAGCAGCUCUUCAAGUUCGUCAUCAUCUUCUUCAAGCUCAUCAAGUUCAUCAGACAGUAGUUCCACGACUAGUGAUACGUCAGACUCUAGUGAUUCAGAAAAUGAAAAACGUAAGAAGAAAAAGCACAGCAAAGCAAAAACUAAUAAAAAGAAAGGCAGCAACAAAAACUCUAAGAGGGAGAAGGUAAAGCGGAAGGCUCAUUCAAGAAAAAAUAAAGCCAAGAAAAUUAACGAACAUAAUAGUAGCAGUAAUUCUGACAAUUCAUCAGACUCCAACAGCAGUACAAGCGAUGAUGAAAGCAGUAGCGGAAGUAGCAGCAGCAGUGACGAUAAUAGGCGUAAUCGUAACCGUAACAGCAGUUCUAAAAAGUCCAAAGAUUCUUCCACAAAGUCAAAGAAAAAGUCGGGUAGAGCAAAUGAUGACAAGCUGGAUAAAAUGCAACGAAAUCAUUAUCGUAAUGAUGAUGAAGAUAAAAGAAAAUCAAGCAAAGCAAAAAGAGAUAAACGGGACAACUCGGAACGAAAUGAGCGCAAUGAGCACAAUGAUGACGAGAAGAGUAGGAACGAUAAUAGAUAUUCUGACCGGCAUAUGGAGCACAGACGCCGAAGAGAUAAGUCACCUGAGAGAAAGCGGGAAGAUAAAGAACAAAUACGUGAGCGAAAGGAACGUGCUAAAGAGUACGUUCGCCACUCUGAUGAAGAACGACGAAAGGAUCGUGAGAACAGACGCCAACGCAGUCGUAGCCGUAGUCGCAGUCGAGAUCGCAGUCGUAAAGACCGUAACUACUAUGACAAACGUAGUGUGCGAUCAACGCGCAAUGGUUCGAAAGAACGUGGAUAAUCGUUACAGUCAGUGUGACAAUGGACUUAAAUAGGCUUUAGAGCUAUUGUGGAUUUUUUAUGUUAAAAAACUGAUACUGUACAUGUCAGAAAUAUUUUGAAAAAAGUAUUUUCUCUAAACUUGUAUCAGAAUAAGAGCUAUAAUGUUUACUUACACACAAAUUUUUACAUACAUAAA